AGCACGUGACACUCUGCGGAAGCGCAGGCAGAGUGGCUGUUCUCUAGUCUUGUUUUGUUCUUGGUUGUUCUUUCAACUGUUUCUGUCACCCCUACAACCCCAACUGACAAACAAGAUGUCAAGUGUCCCAGAAAUUGCAUGCAGCCAAGAUUUUGAUCUUUUGUAAUAAGGAUGUACAAGGAAGAUCACUAAGAAAUAAUGGAGGAAUUUCUGAGCACGCUCCGUGAUCAUGAUGUCAGCUCUGUCCUGUCAUCCUGUGAGCCGGAAUUACAGGAGCUGAUGCGGCAGAUCGACAUCAUGGUGGGGCACAAGCGGCGUGAAUGGGAGGCUGAGGUUCGAGCCAUGAAGCUGCGUCUGCAGAAUACGCAGGAGGAACUCCAGUCAGCCAAAGCUCUGCUCGACAAGAGGAGCUCGGAGACGCUUGGGGUGAGAGAGGUGAUAAUGUCCCUGCUGGAGCUCCAGGACGGUGGUUUCCAAAUGUUGAAGUUGGUAGUGGACAAGGGGCUACAGCAGAUCCGAGUGCUGGGGAAACAGCUAGAUGAGAUGCAAGCUGGAAAACAAGAUCUGGUUGUGAAGUAUGAAGAACAGCUGCAGUAUGUAAAAGAUGAAUUGUCUAAACUGAAACACAGCUAUGAAAAGCUCCAGCGUAAGCAUCUGAAGGAGGCACGAGAAGGAGCUCUGAGCAGAGAGGAGGACAGGACUGAGCUGUCCCACCUCAAAAGCAAGCUGGAGGAGUUCCGUCAGCAUUCAGCAGAGUGGGAACAGCAGAGACUGCAGUAUCAGAAACAAGUGACUUCACUGGAGGAACAGAGGAAGAACCUGGCUGAACAGUUUGCUCUCAUCCAGACUCAGGGUGUAGGUCGGACACAGGAGCAGGCAGAACUGCAGCGGCUGCGCUCUCAGCUGCAGAGGGCUCAGGACAGCCUACAUACUCAAGAACUGGAACUGGGGAGACUUCGGCUGCUUCAGGAUGAGCUGGGAGACUCGAUCCAGGAACAUCAGGUCAGCUGCCCCACUGCAGCUUACGUACGGGGACAGGUUUUGAGUGAAGAGCGAGAGGAGCUGAAGGCUACACUGGACGCUCAGGAUCAGUUUGUACGUAGCACAGGAAUCCAGCAGCAGCAGUUACGGCGGGAAGUGACCCGACUUAACCAAACUCUGCAAGCAAAAGAGCAAGUCAUUAGGUCUCUAGAGGAAUGUUUAGGAUCACACGGUUCGUCUCCAAACUUGGCCUUGCUUAGACAAGAGCUGGAGAAAGUCACAGCCAAGUUGAACAGUUCCCAGACUUGUGAGAAUCACCUGAAAGCUGAGGUCAUCAGACUUCGAGACAAGUUGGAGAGCAUGAGAAAGCAUAAAGCUGAGAUGAGCAGACGAGAAAAUGAGUGGAAACAGAUGGAGGAGGAACACACUUGCUGUACAGCUGAAAUCAAACAUUUACGUGCAGAGCUUGAGAGGGCUGAACAGACUCGAUGUGGGGAGUUGGAGGGAAUGAGGAAGGAGGUGUCUCAGUUAACCAGCGAACUUCAUCAGCGUGACAUCACCAUUGCCACACUCACUGGUUCGGCCUCCAGUAUCGAACGACAGUUACGGGCAGAAGUGGAGCGAGCAGAGCGGCGGGCGUCAGAACUCAAGGUGACACAGGUCCAGCUUGAAACUCUAAAGCUUGAGAAUCAGCAUCUAAAUGAUCUUCUGGAGAGAGUCGAGUCAAGAUCACCUAAGAGGCGUGACGGAGAGCUGGCGAGUCUUAGAGACAGCUAUGUGUCAUCUCUGAACAGUUUGGAGGAAGAGAACAGGCAUCUGAGGCUGGAAAUGAUUGAGCUACGAGCUCGCAUGGAGGCCAACAACCAGACCUGGCAGGACAAGUACGAGAGAGCGUUACUACAAAAUCAGAACAAGAACGCUCAGAACAGAUCUGAUGAGGAUGUACAGCGCAGACACCAGGAGGAGCUGCAGGCCAUGGAGACUCGGAUGCAGGAAAGAUCCUCGCACUACGAGGGCCAAAUACAGACACUCCUCAAACAGCUUGAGAACCUGUUGCCAACAUCCCCUAAUCGCCCCGAUGGCCAGUCACAGGAGAGCAGGAUGGCUGUGUCCCCGGCCCACUCUUCUGCGUCGUCUGCCUCAUCUUCAUCUUCAAGCCGUAAAGCCCACAGGAUGGCAGCUCUUCUCAGUGCAGCGGUUAAUGGAGAGGAAGCUCAAGCUUCCAGCUCGGUAGACAACUUUCUGCCUUUGGACUCCACUGGAUCUCCAAAUGGCUCAGUGACUUCACGCUUUCUGGAGGAGGAAACACUGCGCUCUCAAGAGCUGCUUCAGAGACUGGACGCCCACAUUCAGAGCAUGAAGCUGGAAAACGCCAGCACAGUCUCCAAAUACUUGGGCAAGGGCGGCACACCCCAAAACGGCCACUGAGUGCCUUGAUCUGAACUUGCAGAGAUGUAUACAGGUGAUUACCUGUCUGUAAGGACAUUUCUGUUUGAGAAGAAGAAUGUGUUUUGGGAUUCAUGGAUGCUGCAAGAUGAUCGGACAAGACUCUUGUUACAUCAGUGCAGCAAAAAUGACACCAAAGCAGUGCCAAGCAACUUUUUGUUCCAAAAGUGCUGAAUACCUCCAUGUUUAUUGCUCUAGAGAAGAAAUGAUCGCAUAUACACUCCCUAUUCCCUGUACCUUGAACUUUGAUCUUUCAUAUGGUCUCUUGCAUCUACUGUCAUCAUCUUUUUGAGCACUUUAGACACUCUGUAUUGUUUUGCUGUGCCUUUUUCUCAUUUUCUUUCUUAUGCAGUCAAUAUUUAUGUACAGUGUAACCUUAACAAACAUAAAACAUCUUUUUUGUAAACCUACUGACAUGAUCGUGAAGAAUGUGUGUUUUAAGUUUGAAUUAAAAGAGCUUGUUUUCAUA